UUUUACGUUAGCGUCGGCCAUUUUGAUUUUUUUUUUUUUUUUACAAUUCUUUCAAAGCUAGCCAACCAGCUACGGGUUCUAACACGAACAAUUGUGUCUGACUUUUCAUUCAAAACGUCAGUGAGCAGUUGUGGAAGAUAUGGCGACCGCAACCCCGAGCCGCGCUGCUGCCGAAACUGGCCGGGCGACUGGCGCUUCGACUCCGCUGUCGCCGACCCGCAUUUCCCGCUUACAGGAGAAGGAGGAACUGCGGCACCUGAACGACAGACUUGCCGUGUAUAUCGACCGCGUCCGGUCCCUGGAGCUGGAGAACGACAGGCUCUCGCUGAAGGUCUCGGAGAAAGAGGAGGUCACAACAAGAGAGGUCACUGGGAUUAAAUCAAUGUAUGAGGCAGAACUGGCGGAUGCUAGACGUGUCGUUGACGAGACCGCAAGAGAGAGAGCAAAACUCCAGAUUGAUUUGGGCAAGGUCAGCUCUGAGCUUGAGGAGGUCACUAAGGGCUAUAAGAAGAAGGAUGGUGACCUGGCUUCAGCUCAGGCUCGUAUCAAGGAGCUGGAGUCUCAGUAUAACCAGAGCGAAGCAACUCUCACUACAUCUCUCAGUGAGAAUGCAGCACUUGCUGCAGAGAUUGCUGACCUAAAGAACCAGCUCAUCAAAGUUGAACAUGCUCAUGGCGUUGCCAAAAAGCAGCUGGAGACUGAGACACUGUUGCGAGUGGAUUUGGAGAACCGCUGCCAAAGCCUGAGUGAAGAACUGCAGUUUAGAAAGAGCAUGUUCGAGGAGGAGGUGCGUGAAACAAGACAGCGCCAUGAGAAGCGAAUGGUGGAGGUGGACAGCGGUGCUAAGCAGGAGUAUGAAUAUAAACUAGCCAAGGCUCUGAAGGACCUCCGCAAAGAACAUGAGGAUCAGGUCAACUUUUACAAGACUGAGCUUGAGCAAACCUUCCAGGCUAAGUUCGAGAAUGCCAAGGUGUCGUCUGACCUCAAUGAUAAGGCAGUGAACACAGCACGGGAGGAGCUGCAGGAGGCUCGUGUCAGAAUUGAAGGACUGACCUUUCAACUCUCUGCACUUCAGAAACAGGCAGUGGCAGCAGAAGAACGUAUGCGUGAUCUGGAGGACUUGCUAAACAGCGAGCGUGAUAAACACCGCAGAAUAAUAGACGGCAAGGAACGGGAGAUGGCUGAGAUGAGGGACCGCAUGCAGAUGCAGCUCAAUGAGUAUCAAGAGCUGCUGGAUGUGAAGCUGGCCCUGGACAUGGAGAUCAAUGCCUACAGGAAGCUGCUGGAGGGAGAGGAGGAUAGGCUGAAGCUGUCCCCCAGCCCCCCCUCAGGGGUCACUGUUUCCCGAAGUGUGGCCACUACCAGCAGUUCCUCCCGCUCUUUCCGUGCCAAGAGGAAACGUGUGGAGGUGGAGGGUGAGACCUCCAGGGCUCCCAGUUAUCGUGUGAGCCAGCAUGCUGAGGCAACAGGCUUAAUCAGUAUUGAGGAGCUUGACCUCGAAGGCAAGGGUGUUACUCUCAAAAAUGCUUCCAAUAAGGAUCAGUCUCUGGGUAACUGGCGGCUAAAGAGGAGUGUUGGAGAAGGAGAAGAGAUUACUUACAAAUUCAGCCCUAAGUUUGUUCUUAAAGCAGGACAGACGGUUACAGUGUGGGCUGCAGAUGCAGGCGUGGCUCACAGUCCUCCCUCACACCUCCUGUGGAAGGCUCAGAGCAGCUGGGGCAGUGGAGAUGAAUCAGUCACUCUUUUGGUCAAUUCAGAUGGAGAGGAGGUGGCAAAGCGAAUCGUCACCAAAAUUGUGGUAGAGAUGGAGAAUGGAGAUGAUGAAAAUGGAGAUUUCGGAAAUGAGGAUCUCUUUCAUCAGCAGGGCGAUCCGAAGCACGGAUCCAGGGAAUGUGCCGUCAUGUGAGGCUGCUUCAUUCACCACAGUAUUUUCCCCCCCUAAUUGUUCCCUUAGAGCCACUAAUUUCAUAUUCUUCAAUCACAAAUCCUCAAAAAUCACUCCCUCCCUUAUGCCAGUGCCACUGGCACUCAGUUUUUACGGACCUCAUUUUUUAAAAAAAAAAGCCAGGUAACCAUGAACUGUAUCAGAGAAUAAUGUUUUUGUCUUUUUGGAUAAGCAUCAAUUGAAAUUUAUUCAGUUUCGGAAUAUACAAGCCUCAUCUACCUGUAAUAGAGGUCUUCAUAUUAACAGCAGGAAAUUUUGAUGUAAGGAAAAAACUUGAUGUAUUUAAAAAAAAAAAUAAUUGUAGAAGAUAGAUCUGCAUGGUGAUGCAGUAAUUUGUAUGUCCAGAUGGUUGGGCAGGCAGGAUGAAAAUUGCUUUGAGACGCUUUGCUUUGACUCAUUAUGUAGUUUACUAUAUGUUGAAACUGACAGCUGCUGCUUAGCUUGUAAAUGUCCUUUCUGUUUCUUAGUAUAGAUAAACAGGGUGGAAAAGGAGUGAUGAUAAAUUACAUAAUUUCAGUAAUAAAUCCAGCUUUUUUCCUUUUAGAAUAAUAAUGAGAAAAAUCAUGAGACACCGUUUCACAAUUGAAACUUUUAGUGUUCUAGGAACUGCCCUAGUUUAGGAGUAACUAGGAUCAGGCCUUAGGUCCCCUACACACAAGAGGGGAUAAAGCUACACAUGAGAACACACAAAUGUGUUAUGAGUCCGUACAUUACAGCUGAAGUUGAGCUGAUUGCUGAGGAUUCAGAAUGUUCUGAAUUGAUAUUAAUAUUGAACUGAAUAUUAAUUUAUAUCCAGAGCACACAUUCCAUUAUUAAUGCACUCCAGUUCACAAUGAUUUUUCAAGCAAAUGUUUACAUAAUAAAACAAUAGGGUGUCCCAUUAUUGGAGGGGGACAAAAAAAGUUCAGCAAACAAUUACCUUCCUGAAUUGAUUAUAAACCUAAAACGGCACUUUCUUAAGUGGAUUACGAGAAAUAAAACACUUUAGGACUUGUACACUGACAUAAAAUUCCUAACACUGGUGACUCUUCCAUAGAGGUUAAACAAAACAAAUUGUGGAACACCUAAUGCUAACAAUUGCAUCUUUUAGUUAUGUGGUGUGUCUGCUAUAUAAGUCCUCUUUUAAACUUUUACCAAAAAUGUAUUCUAUAUGUAUUCUGUUCAAUUAGAAUGAACACAUUUAUAUAGACUUAUUGUUUAAAUUCCAGCCAGCAUUACUGCUAGGGUUGCUGCUAGUAAAAAAUAAUGUUAUCAGAUCAUCCGGAUAUUUUUAAAGCUGUGGUUAGGUUUUUGUCACUGCUUAAGCUGCAGAUUUAAACCACUGCCAAAUACAUUAGUACUUUUUCCACCCUGUUUAUUCAGAUGCAGCUGUUAUUAUAUAUUUUUCCAUUAUUGUAAAUGUAAAAAAGGUUUUUCAGACAAUUAGUACACAGUUACUAUUUUUCUACAGUUUUAAUCCUAUGGUAUGGGGCUGCAAGUAAACCAGCCAUCUCAGCACCUGCUUUGGAUUGCUGCUGUGCACAGGCACCAGUGAGGGAGGAUGAAAUUUAAUCGAAUGUCCACCAGCAUAAUUGUAAAAAUUCUAUGUGAUUUUAGAAGUUGGCAAAAAGUUAUCAAAGCUGCUUUCUCAGGACCGUUAUAACCCUCCGAAUUAUUCCAUCGUGCACAGGAGGGAAUCCCGCCGGUGCUGAGGUGGACUUCAUAUACAUUUGAAAAGGGGAUGAAUUAUUAAACAUGGUGUAAAUUAUUAGCCACGGGUGAUAUCAGAUGCAUCCUUUUAUCAUUUUAAUAUUGGCCUGAGGAGCUGUUUUUAUCAUCAUCAGGCUGGUCAGUAGAGUGCUUUGCAUAUUGAAUGAUUUUAAUGGGAUUUUGGAAAUCAGGUUUACAUUUUUUAUUUUACAGUGUGUUUUUCCUUUUAAGUUGAACAUGAUCAUGUGCUAAGAUCACUGAUGUAGGUGUCACUGUACAGAUUAAAUUAGAGAGAAAUUUAUGCAUUUGUUACACGUCUUCUGAACUAAAACUAGUUACUUAAGGGUUUUUCUUUUUAAAUAACAUUUUUUUUUAAAACUUCUUGUCUGUGAAUAGAAAUCUGAGCUUAUUUUUGAACACUGUUGGCCAGAGGGUUUUUUUCUCCCCCUUUCAGGUUUUAAUAGUCAUGACUGAUGUGUAAAGGAUAAGUGCUUCCAGUGUUUUCUGCAUAGCACUGCAAAAUAUGAGGUACAGUAAUAAUCUACUGUAAAGCUGAUCUAAAACAGCGAUGAGCUACAAACUCAUCGGUUAAGUUCGAGCCAUUUACAAUGUGAACAGAAUGAAAUUUUGGGAAAUAAGUGUGGGGUGGGGGCGAAGCAUCUUGAUAUUCUGAGAACUACACCAGAGCAAGCAGGCCGGAUUUCUCAACUUUUUACUUGUGUGAUUGGAAUUGUUUUGUAUGCAUAAUACAAUAAAUGUUUUGCAUAGUA